AUGUCUGGCGGAGGAGAGGUAAGGUACGUCCGCAAAGAGACCGGGCAAGAGAGCCCGAAGAUGCCGGCCUGGAAGCGAGAGAUCUUGGAAAGGAGGAAGGCGAAAAGCGGAGUAGCUACGGCGGAGAAUGGGGCGAGUGGGAGUCCAAAACGAAGCAACGUGGAACAAACGAUUAACGGUGGCAACGUUCGAGACGACGCACACACCUCACGGAACUAUUCCAUCACGUCGGCAAGCCAACACUUCGCCAACAACAAAGAGGCAACAUCGGUGGCCGCGGAGGGGACGACGAGGGUUCCUUUGGACGGACAGGAGAGCUUGGUGCUCCAGGAAAGUCUGGGACCGUUGGAGGAGAACCCAUUCAUCAAGCUUGAAAAGGAGCGAAGGAGGAGACAGGACCGGGAUAACUCUACUCGUCCUAUCCAACACAUUUUAGAGCUGUACGGUAAUGUUCCCGGUAUACGGACUAUCAGAGCAGACAAUAUUCUGAUAAUCGAGUCGGAUCCCGAUUACGUUCAAGACGGCGAAGAAGUCAAAAGUCCUAUUUGGCAACAAAACGGUUAUAGCUCUGUGAAUGAUCUCUUGGACAGGAGAGGGAACGCUGUAACUGAGAUAAGAGCCAAGGAAGUGGUCAUUUAUGACACCACGUUAAGCAAAAGUGAGGAAAAUCUGAGCACCAUCGGUCGUCCAAACCACAAAGACACAUCUUAUGAGGCAAGUGAAGGUCAAGGGAUGGUAAGCCGAAUCCUGCAAAAGUUUGACUCCAACUAUGGGAAGCUGCAUAAAAAGUCCCACAGCACUGAGAACCUGCUGGAUCUAGAUGGAAGUGCCAGCAGAAGGCAAAGAACCUGGGCCCCACCCCAGAUGGAUUUUUUGCCAAAGCCCAGAACUGACUGGGUCAAGAACCUGGGCCACAAGCAGGCACCAUCAUCUGUCUUCCAGAGUUCUCCUAGACAGAAACCACAUUCUGCCGUACUUGAAACGGGCAGCCCUCAGCACACAAUUGAAUCCUCUAAACCAGUAGCCUCCGUCCGCCAUCGUUUUGAGGAGAAUAAAGACCGAGGGACAACUGUCACGCCAAGAGAUGAACCAGACAGGGCGCACGAGUUAACCCCUGAGGUGCCCCUCAACUCUAAGGUGCCAUCAUUAACGCAAAGUCCUAACGCCCAUACCGAGUCCCUCUCAUCCAAAAUGUUGCACACGUCACCCGACUUUGAGAUCCGGCCUUCUCCUAAACCCGACCUCUCUCAAAUUCCUGACAGAGAUAUUCAGGCACGGGCCCUGGCAAAUCUUCGCCUACAAUCCAAAAACUCCUUCACUGUAAUUCCCAAGCGACAUAUUACAUCUUCACUUGAAAGCGGCCAUACGGCACCGCCCAGUCCGGCUAAAACGUCCCCUUCUCACAAAGUGGCAGAGCACCCUGUGUCAGGAUCUACUCACACGUCCACACCUGCCAUACUGCUCCAGAAACUAAAGGAUGUAAAAAAGCAGGAGGAAAAGGAAGCGGUACGGCCGUACAAGUCCCACCUUUUCUCCCCUGUUGCCACAUCUUCUCUGUCUAUGCCCUCAAAGAAUCUGUCUCCAUCUCCCACCACCCUUUCUCCACCUGCCUUGACUUCCCCUCCCUCUUCUCCAGCUCCAUCAUCACCCACUAUCUCUCGAAGUUCCCUCUCACCAGACCCUUCACCGCCCUCCACACCUGGAGUCACUCCUGCCGAUCAUCUCCCUGUAACAAACAUUGAUGACAUCGACGUGGGACCCCCUCAUCGUGUCGCCGGACACAGCCCCAUGGCACCAAGGAGAAAGGUGAACACUUUUACCGUGGUGCCUAAACGUCGGGUGGAGCCCGAGGCCAAGCCCAGUUCACCUGAGCCCCAGCAGGAUGCCUCAAGCGACACAUCACCUGGGACCGCACACCCUCAGGCCCCGUACAGUCAGCUGGGCUCGCUGCUCAAGAAACGCUACCCUGCCGUAGAGGAGAUUGAGGUCAUCGGUGGGUACCUUUCCCUGGGGAAAUCUUGCCUCUCCAAGAAGGGCUCCUUGGGCAAAAAGCUCAAGAUCUCCUUCAAUGAGUCAAGUCUCCACAGCACUUACGAGUAUCCAUCAGAAAGCUGCGCGUGGGACAGCGGCGAUGAAGCGGACGAAGACAAACGGGACGGGAAGGUCACUGAAGAAGCACCCAGCAUGGUGGGACGUAUCCACAUCCCUCGACCUAGUUUCACAAACUCCCCCACACACACGAAGAGCAGUAACGACCUCUCUAACUACAUUCCAAAGCACUCAAUGGAUUUCAGCGCUUGGCAGGAAUACAAAAAAGAGGACAGUGUUAAUAAGACGGCAGCCACUUCCAAGCAGACACAAAUGACAGAGGAGGUCAUGCUAACACCAGCAGACAGUUCAUCCUUGUCAGACUACAGUAGCGAGCCCGCUCUCUACUUCUGA